AUGGAGUCCUACUCUAUUUUCAUCAAGCGCAAGGAUGCUUGUGAAUCCGGAAAUGAGUUUGACGGUCGAAUGGGCCUGCGCAUCUCUUCCAUCUUUGUGAUCAUGGCUGGCUCCAUGUUUGGUGCUCUGUUCCCCGUCUUUGCCCGUCGCUUUGACAAGAACGGUGGAUUUCUCAAAUGGGCCUUUUUCGCCGCCAAAUACUUCGGAUCCGGUGUGAUCAUUGCCACUGCUUUUAUUCACCUGUUGGGUCCAGCGGAGGAGGCACUAAAGAACGAUUGCUUAACCGGCCCAAUCACUGAAUACAGCUGGGUUGAGGGUAUCAUUCUCAUGACCAUUGUUGUUCUGUUCUUUGUGGAGCUGAUGGUUAUGCGUUUUUCGCAUUUUGGCCAAGGCAAUUUGCACGAUGGGGAAGGCAAUACCCACACCCUACUCAACGAUCACUCUAUUGUCAACAAAAUCAAUGAGCCGAAGACUCACGUGCCGGUGGAUGAUCACCUUGGCCAUACCCGUGAGCAUCAUGACAACAACAGCGACUCCGAAAACGGCAUUCAAGCGACUGAAGACUAUGCUGCUCAGCUCACUUCGAUCUUCAUCCUGGAGUUUGGUAUAAUCUUCCACUCUAUUUUCAUCGGUCUCACUCUUGCAGUGUCAGGCCCCGAGUUUACAACUCUUUACAUUGUGCUUAUCUUCCAUCAGACUUUUGAAGGACUUGGUCUUGGGUCUCGUCUAGCUACACUCUCAUGGCCCAAAUCAAAGCGACUCACUCCCUACUUCCUGGGCUUAGGCUUUGGAUUCUCGACUCCAAUUGCCAUCGCUAUCGGCUUGGGCGUCCGAAACAGCUACCCGCCUACCGGACGAACCACACUAAUCGUCAACGGUGUCUUCGACUCUAUCUCCGCUGGCAUUCUAAUUUACACUGCCCUCGUUGAGCUGAUGGCACAUGAGUUUAUGUUCAGCCAGUCCAUGCGCAAGGCUCCCAUUCGCGACGUGCUGAUUGCCUUCUUCCUUCUUUGUGCUGGAGCUGCCCUCAUGGCGUUGCUGGGCAAAUGGGCAUAG